AUGCGGCAUAAGACGAAGAAGACAAAGAGUGCUGAUCAGGGCGAGGUCCCACUAUCAAGCGAUCAAGUUGCUGCACUGGCAAAGGAUUGCAUACCAUCAUGGAUAGAGAGUGGUAAAAUUCCGAAACCGCCUGUUGAGCUUUUAGACGAAGUGUAUUCUCCGAGCAUACCGUCAAGAGGCUACCAAUUCUGCUUAGUGUGCGGAAAACACAAGAAAUUCACUAGUUUAGCUGGUCAUAUACAGGAUGUGCAUAAGGAAUUCACGGAGAAAUGGGAAAUACAGGUCCUAGUGCAUACGGGUCGCGGAAUGUUGGAAAGAACGAAGAAAGCGAGCGUUGACUUCACGCGGAUACCCGAACCAAGGACUGACCGAGAAUGGGACACGUUUUGGAGCGACAUGUGGUGUUCCGCGAGCGUUUUAUGGCAGACAAUCCCCGAAUACAAUGCCAACAAUUGGAACUCAUGGAUCAAGCAGGACCGUCUGUCAAGAGGCUUCUACUUCUUUUUCAUCGGUGUGUAUAUGCGAAAUUCAAGAAUGUUCAAUCGCUAUCUAUUUUUCUAA